CCAUUUAUACAACACCCAGAUCACAGGCUCUAUUCCCAGUGAAGUUGGCUCUCUUUCGAGCCUGGUAGUCCUAUAUAUCCAAAAUAACAAGCUCACUGGCACAAUCCCUGCAGCACUGAGCUCCCUUACGAACCUGAUGGGCCUCGAACUUGGCUACAAUCAGCUGACUGGACCCAUCCCCAAAGAGCUAUUUACACUUCCGAGUAUGCUUUUAAUGUCCCUUGAUGCCAGUCAGCUCAAUGGCUCAAUCCCAGAUCCGGCCACUUCUUUUACAAACUUGUGGGGCCU